AUGCAACAAUCCACGAUAGCAACCACUGUGUCGUCGCACGACAACAGCACAGGCAAUGCAACCUCCGAAUUCGACCCCGCUGGGACGAUAGCUCCGUACGCAACCGCUUUAAAUGGCGUCUCUCAAAAUGUGAACAUGCUGUUCAAGGACAUUUCGUGGAUGAGUCUGGGCAUGCUGGCUGUGCUCAUUUUGACGAUACGAUUAAUACAGAGAGCAGUCGCACAUUCAAGACAUAUCGGUGCGAUGGGACUAUCCGGGGAAGCCCAACGAUUUUGGGCCAUCAACAGAUACGCCGCGUGGUGGAAAUUCAAGAAGCAUAUGCUUUACGCACCACUGAAAGGGAAGCGACAUAACAGAGAGAUCAGACUCUCCAAAGCCGGAAACCUAGGCACGAUUCCUUCUCGAUUUCACACCAUCCUCAUCACCUUGUUCAUUACAGGAAACAUCAUCUACUGCGCCUACCUCGACUAUCGCAGAGAAAACAAAUGGUCCGUCAUUGCAGAACUUCGAGGACGAACGGGAGUCAUGUCCGUGGUCAACAUGGUGCCUCUCAUCAUCUUUGCCGGACGCAACAAUCCUCUGAUUGCUAUCUUGCAAAUCAGUUUCGACACGUACAACCUUCUCCAUCGAUGGAUCGGCAGAAUGAUUGUCUUGCAGGUCAUCGUACACACUCUCUGCUGGGCCAUCGUCAAACAUGCCGCAACUGGAUGGUCAGGGAUGUGGCACAUGAUCACCGAUGAUCCAUUCAUCGGAUGGGGAACGGUUGGUACGACCGCAAUGAUCAUUCUUGCCCUUCAAGCUCUCUCACCAAUCCGACACGCCUUUUACGAGACGUUCUUGAAUGUUCACAUCAUUCUCGCAUUCAUCGCAUUCUUGGGAACUUGGAUCCACUGCAAAGUCGCCAACCUCCCAACACUUCCUUGGAUCGAGGCUAUUGUUAUCCUCUGGCUUAUCGAGAGAAGUGUUCGCUUCUUGAGAAUCGUCUGGAACAACUAUGCUAAGAAAGAGGGAUGGACCAGAGCAAGUGUUGAGGCCAUGCCGGGAGAGGCUGUUCGAGUCACUUUCCACAUGCCAAAAUAUGUCAAGAUAAAUCCAGGAACACAUGCGUACGUUCGUUUCGCUGGUGUCAACCCCUGGGAAUCUCACCCCUUCUCCAUCGCCUGGGUACAGCACAAACCCAAGAACGCCACUGCUCUGCCAAUCAGCGAGAAAGGCGCCUCAGAAAGUACUCUUCGCGAGCAUGAACUCAUGACUGAUGCCUCCUUCAUCAUCCAAGCCCAAACAGGUAUGACUCGCAAACUCUACGAGAAAGCCUUCCUCCAUGGCGCCCAAACCUUGAUGAUGAAAGGCGCACUCGAGGGACCAUACGCCGGUCACCACUCUCUCGAUUCUUACGGCCACGCCGUCCUCUUUGCCGGCGCCUCAGGAAUCACCCACCAAAUCUCCUACGUCCAGCACCUCCUCCAAGGCUUCAACGACAUGACCGUCGCCACCCGACGCAUCACCCUCAUCUGGAUCAUCCGCGACUCGGAACAACUCGAAUGGGUCGCUCCCUGGAUGAACAUCAUCCUCGCCAUGCCCCAGCGCCGCGAGGUCCUCCGCGUCAAACUCUUCGUCACCCGUCCCAAGAACCCGCGCGAGAUCCAAUCCGUCUCGCGCACCGUCGAUAUGACGCCCGGUCGGCCGAACGUUAAACUCCUCCUCCAGAACGAGGUCAAGGAGCAGAAGGGCGCCAUGUGCGUGACCGUUUGUGGACCUGGAGGCCUCGCUGAUAACGUCCGCGAGGCUGUACGAGAGGUGCAAGAAGACGGCGUGGUAGAUUUCGUGGAAGAGAGUUUCACGUGGUAA